AGGGUGAGGUACAUCCCAGUCGGAGCUAGGAGGGACACCUUCUGCACCUAUGCAAAUAUGACGAUGGGGGACCAAGACUGGGGCUGCCUCAACACCAGCAUGUCAGACAUGGCCUUUAGGUCACUGCUUGUAACCAAGCAGCUGGAGUUUGAGAGGGGCCCUCAGCUCAAAACAAGAAGGGGGACAACAGUUGUGGGAAAGGUCAAAGAUGAAGAUAUCUGGAUCUUCAACACUCAGGUCCAGCUUAGAGCUGAAGAGAAUGACCAAGGGAAAAUGUGUGUUUCACGGUUGAAGCCAGAUGAACAACCGUACAUACUGCUGCCAUCCAAGAACAGUGAGUGGGAGGCCAAGAUCAGCCUGCCACUAAAGCUGCAACCAAUGAAGGAUGCUGUAGUUUUGAUGAGGACAGCGUUCCAGCACAAUUUCAUCCCCGCCAUGUUUGUCCUUGGGCAUGGAGUAGUAUCCAUGAAUGCAGAGCUCGUGGCAAGUAGGCUCGACUGCUGCCCGGUGACUGUAGCAGUGGGGGCAAGUGGCCUGGGAAAGACCAUGGCACUGAAGACUGCCCUCAGCAUGAUCGGGAUUGGUGAGAAUGGAUACCUGCGUCAGUUUAAGAGAGAGGCAGUAGUGUCACUGGCCAGCAGAUCAACACUCGGCUGUUACCUGGAUGACCCUAACACACUUGAAAACAGAAAAGAGGCAAUAGUAGACUUCUUUGGCAUGGGGGGGUUCUUCACCCUGUCCAGAGGACGGGAGUCCGCUAGAUGCGGGCUUUUCAUGACUGCAAACAACCCUCUAGAGGACCACGAGGAGAGGGACCUGAGAAGGCUGAUAUACAUACCAUUCAGCGAGCCCAAAAUCGGUGACACAGGCGGGGCGGAGGCUAGGGUGAGCCUGAAGGAGAUGAGGGACAAAGAAGCCUUGUCAUCUUGCGUGCGGACCCUUGUCAGGAUUGGGCUCCUGUUCAGGGACAAGGGGUGGAGAGAAGUGCAGCGACAGGCCGAUGAGUGGGCUAGGGGGAUGCCACAUGUUCUAAGGGACACGCUGGUCAACUACAGUGUCCUACACUGGUCCACUUCCAAGCUAUGCCGCAGGCUUGGUGUUCCACAAGAGGAGGUUGACAGUUUUUGGGAAGAGCAGCUACAACCGUUCAUUGCCAACCAUAUGCAAGAGCCAAGCUGGGAGCUGAAAGAGGCACCAUUGGUUCUCAGUGGAGUUCGAGAGAGCAUCAGGGAAUGGGUUUCCAUGAAAAACAAGAAGGAGCUGAUGGACAAAGUGAGAAAGGGCAGGAUCAAGUACGGUGAGGGUCCAACUGCCCCGCGGGUGGAGAGCUUGUUGGUGGCCACCGAUACAAUUGAUGAAGUCUCAGGUGGCAUCCCAUGGGACACCAUCCGGAAGCUCUUUGAUGCAAGUGGUGAAGGGACGGCACAUACUAUCCCCUACUCGCUCAAUGAAGACAAGAAUAAGAGGAAGAGGUAUGUUGCCUUCAAAUGGAUGUGCUUCAGCCAGGAGCAACAAGAGUUGACGCUGAAGCCCAUGGCUCUCAGGAUAAGCCUGCUGCUGGAGUCCAGCCUUGUUUGCCAUGUUCCACUCCCGGGUAGUGACCUUCGGGGGCGGAACAAAGCAACCAAGGCUGGACUCCAGGCUACUCAGGUUGACAUCUAG